AUGGGACGGACGUCGAAGGACAAGCGGGAUGUCUACUACCGCCUGGCCAAGGAGAACGGCUGGCGCGCCCGCAGCGCCUUCAAGCUGCUGCAGCUGGAUGAGGAAUUCCGGCUCUUCCAAGGUGUGACGCGGGCUGUGGACCUGUGUGCGGCCCCGGGCAGCUGGAGCCAGGUGCUGAGCCGGAAGAUCGGGAGUCCGCAGGGCUCCGGCCAUGUGGUGGCUGUGGACCUUCAAGCUAUGGCUCCGCUGCCAGGCGUGUUACAGAUCCAGGGGGACAUCACCCAGCUGUCCACUGCCGAGGACAUCAUCCGGCUCUUCGAGGGCUGCCCGGCCGACCUGGUGGUGUGCGACGGGGCUCCUGAUGUCACCGGCCUCCACGAGCUUGAUGAGUAUAUGCAGGCCCAGCUUCUCCUCGCCGCUCUGAACAUCGCUACACACGUCCUGAAGCCAGGGGGCUGCUUUGUAGCCAAGAUCUUCCGAGGCCAGGAUGUGACGCUCAUCUACAGCCAGCUGCAUGUCUUCUUCUCCAGCGUGCUCUGUGCCAAGCCCAGGAGCAGCCGGAAGGCCAGCAGCGAGGCCUUCGCCGUCUGUCAGGGUUAUGCGCCCCCUGAGGGCUUCCUGCUGGACCUGACCAAACCCCUGCCGGAUUGCUCUUACAGUAAAGGUCUCCACCAAUUAGAUGGUCCCACCCAUAGCAUUGUGCCAUUUGUGACCUGUGGGGACCUGAGCUCCUAUGAUUCGGACCUCGGUUACCCACUAGACCUGGAGGACGGCUCCGAGCACAAAUACACGCCACCUAUGUAG